AUAAACUUACAACUUAUUCAUUAUUACAGUUGCUGCACAAGAAUUCCACACCUGUUGUGUAAUAUGAUCUUUUUUAUUAUUUAACUAUGGAACGCCAUCGUGGACAUAAAUUUUAUGCAUAAAAUAAUGUCCAUUUUUUAUUUUUGUUUUUAAAUAGUCCUGUACUUGUAACCAGUACACUUCCUCAGCAUAUCUAUGUUCCUGAUGUCACUUAGAAUUUUGUUUACUAGUUGGGUCCUAUAAUAAACUUGUAACUUAUUUCAGUAUUACAGUUGCUGCAGAAGAAUUCCACACCUGUUGUGUAUUAUGAUCUGAAGUUCAAGUCAUGAGGUAGUUACUUACAUAGUUAUUUAAUCUCAUUGUCUUUGAAUGGAUGUUUGUAUGAUAAUGUUAUUUUCUUGGCUAUUAAGCAUAUAAAAUAUAUUUGUAAACAGACCUAAAUACAAUUUCUUAGCAUAUUUAUCUUCUUGAUGUCCCUUAUUUUUUGGUUCAUUAUUUAUUAGUUGCUGCAGAAGAAUUCAACACCUGUUGUGUAUAAUGAUAUUGGUAUUCAACUGAAGUUCAGAUCAUGAGUACUUCUGAUGAAAACACUUGCGUUUUAUGUGGCGUUAGAGACGACAGCCCCACUUCAGUUCUUGGCGACAGGGGAUGCCAGAGCAUCAUAGCAGCCAGCAAGAAUAAGGGUUAAUGCUUCUUAAAAGCAAGUAUUUAAAGGGUCUUGUGUUGUAGGCUCUCCUGAUCUAUAUAUAUCAGUUUAAUAUUUCGUACUGUAGUGUCAUCUAGUAUAACUUUAUCUAGGUAGCACAAUAACAUUGCCAUUUUCUUAAAUUGUUUCUUCCAAAACUUGUAAAAUCGUUUCUUUUAUACUUACUAAAGCUGAAAUGAAUUCAUUCAGUAUUGUCUAUGAUUAAACCAUUGUCACACACACGCGCACACAUGCAUGCACAUACGUGUAUCAUCCAAAAUAUAUUUCUUCAGCAACAUCAAAUAUGUAAGAAACAUGAAAUUCUAAAAUGAAAGCAUAAAUAAAGAUUAAUGUAAGGUUUAUUAGUUAUAAGUAAAUUAAAUUUGUAUGAAUUACAGGUCGAACGUUGGUCGUCUCACCUGGACAGCAAGUUCACAAGGAUUGCAGGAGGAUUUACUGCCACCCCAAUCAGAAUCGUCUCAAUAGCAGCAGCAAAGAAAAUUUAUAUACAAGUCCAAGUACUAGACAGUCAUUAGAAUUAUCAUUUGACUUUCAAACGAAGUGUUUUUUCUGUGGAACAAAUGCAACACAUAAACAACAUAAACGUAAACGAGGUAGAGAUGUUCACCCUGUUUUAACAUUAGAGUUUCAAAAGUCUAUUAAAGAUGUUUGUUUAGAAAGAAAAGAUGAUUGGGGUGAUAUAGUAUUAGGCCGAUUAGAAUGUGUCUGUGAUCUUCCUGCUGCUGAAGCUAGAUAUCACCAGGCUUGUAGUUCUAAUUUUAGGUCUAGAUAUAAAAUUCCAAAAUGUUUUCAGUCACCAGUGACAGAUGAUGGAGCAGCAUAUGAGACGGACCAGUGCAGCAAGACAAAGAAAGGCAGACCUGCUUGCGUUUGUGCUGACAAUGCCUUUAAAACUGUUUUGGAAGAAUUUGAGGAAACUGAAAUUGGGUUUACCACAAUCAGCGACUUGGUACAAAAAAUGGCAUCCAUUUGUGGUGAAGAUAACUCGUACAGUACAACAUAUAUGAAAAGAAGAAUGCUAGAGCAUUAUGGUAAUAGUAUUAUAAUUACAGAAUUGAAUGGCAAAUCCAAUGUUGUUACUUUCAGAAGUAGAGCCCAUGCUAUUUUACAUAACUAUUAUCACAGACAAAAUAAAAAUGACAGUGAAAGUGAGAAACUGGCAAUCAUAAAGACAGCAGGAAAACUGAUUCUGAAUGACAUCAAAGAUAUGGAGGAAAAUGCAGAGAUAUAUCCAUCUGCAAAUGAUAUGUCAACUGAAGGCAACAGAAAAUAUGUACCUCCUAGUCUAGUAACAUUAUUACAGCAACUCAUUGACCAAAAGGACCCAGAGAGAAUUAUCAUAGCUAUUAGCCAAGCAAUUGUCCAAGCAGCGAUUCCUAGAAGUAUAAUAUGUCCUCUCCAGCUUGGAUUAGGUGUUCAGUUACAUCACCAGUUUGGAUCAAGAAUUCUCAUAGAGACCCUAAACAGUCUAGGCUUCUGCUCUUCUUACCAAGAAGUACAAAAAUACGAGAAAUGUGCAGCAUAUACUCAAGGCAAUGCAGUUGACAGGAACAAUGUUGAACAGUAUGUACAAUUUGUUGCUGACAAUAUAGAUCACAACACUGCGACGAUUGACGGCCAUAACACAUUCCAUGGAAUGGGCAUAAUUGCAACAUUUACACCAAAGGACAACAAAAGACGAGUUGUGCCCAGGAUACAAGUAACAAAUGAAGAGCUUGUCAAAAUUGGGAAAAUCAAUAUAAAAUAUUAUAAACAAAAUGACAAUGUCCUUGAAAAUGUCAAAUUUGAGAAGCUGUUGGAUAUAGAUUGUGAGGAUCCUAUACCUGGAAACUUCGAGUUUCUUGUUAAAAUUACACGCCCACUAAGACCAAUGACACCAAGCUGGUCUGGAAUCAUGCAAACUGUUCAGAAGGGUGAACAUCCAGGAGAGUCCAAAGUCCAUUUCCUUCCCAUGAUAGACAUGAACCCAAGUGAUAUGUCCUGCAUAUAUUCCACCUUGACAUACGUUGCACAGCAAGCCCGUUUGAUGAACAUUGACCCUGUCAUAACAUUUGACCAACCACUGUUUUGGAAGGCCAUGACUAUCAUAACAAACAAACCAGAUUCUAGUGAGCUGAAGAGAGCUGUAAUCAGACUUGGUGCCUUUCAUAUGGAAAUGAGUUUCUUGGGGUGUAUAGGGAAGAUUAUGGAAAAUAGCGGUCUUUCAGAACUACUAAGCACUGUAUAUGCUCCAAACACUGUUUGCCAUAUGCUAAGUGGAAAGGCGGUUCAGAGGGCAAUUAGAGGUCAUUUCUUGGCCAGUGAUGCACUUGACCAGCUCAUUAUGGAGAAGACAUUUCCUGAGUUAAUGGAAACGCAGUAUACAGAUGAGAAUAACAAUCAUGCUGAAACAGGGAGAAGCAAUGAUGAAGUCUACUCACCUGAACAGAGAAAAUUAGUCACAAUUUUUGAAAGUGUACUCGAGCAGAAAAUUGAUCAACGGCUACUAGUAACUGAAGACAAUGUAAAUCUUAAAGAAAUGGUUGACAAAGUUGAAAGUACUAAGCAUACAUUGAAAAGUUCUAGAACUGCAAAAUUAUGGCUACAAUACUUAGAAAUGAUCAACCUACUGAAACAGUUUAUCGCAGCUGAAAGGAUUGGGAAUUGGCGAUGUCACCUCAAGAGUUUGAAAAACAUGUUUCCUUUUUUUGCAGCUGCAGGACAUAAUCUGUACACGAAAUCAAGCUACAUGUACCUUCAGCAAAUGAACUGUCUUCACAUAACACAUCCUGAAGUUUGCCAAGCAUUUGAAAAGGGAUUGCAUGUGGUCCGACGGUCAAACAGAAUGUGGGGUGGUCUUUCUACCGAUCUGGUUAUUGAACAAGUACUUAUGCGCAGUGUGUAGGUGGACUGACUAGAGGCAGAGGAUUGUCAGAGUUACAACGAACGCAGUGGAUUUUGUCUAUGCCAGCCUGUGCAGAAAUAAAUUUUGCAAUGCAAGAAUAUACUAACAAGAAAUACAAUACAAGUGAUGAGCACAAGGAUAUUGCAAAAUCUCGAAUCGACAGGGAUGAGAAAUAUCGGCAAGUGUUUUUAGAGUUUCUCCGGGGCCGAAACCCAUUUUCAGAUGAAGCAAACCUGAGAAAUAUUGAAACGGGAAGUUUAGCAGACGCAAAUGUAAACGUGGACUCGGCAAGAAAUGUAGGUGAGAAAAUACUGAAGAACAUGGAAGGGAAAAAGGUUCUUGAACAUUCGUUUAAACGUACCGAUCAAGCUGUUACAUUGGGGUCCAAAACAAAUAUCAAAGUUGGUGGAGAAGAGUUCCAUGUAGACCCUCAGCUACUGUUCCAAAGAAUUAUGGCAGUUGCGGACAGCUAUACUGAUGAUCCUGAGGAGAUAUUUAAGCAUGAGUUGUCAGCAAAUCCAUCAGCACUUUUUGACAAUUCAGGAUUAAUGAGAGAAGCACAGAAGCCUCAAAUCGCUAACACUAUAUGGGACUUGGGACAAUGUGAUGCAACAUAUAUACCACCCUUGACCGUGUGUCAUAUUGUUUUGGAUGGCGGAUCUCUACUUCAACGAAUCCCUUGGGAAUAUGGUACCUCGUUUGGAGCAAUAUGUAGUAAUUAUUGUAGAUUUGUCGAAACAAACUAUAAAAAUGCACAUAUUGUAUUUGACGGGUAUGAAAAUGGGCCUUCUACAAAAGACACAAGCCCGCCCGCUUAGCUCAGUAGGUAAGAGCGUUGGUCUACGGAUCGCGGGGUCGCGAGUUCGAUCCUCGGGCGGGGCGCAUGUUCUCCGUGACUAUUUGAUAAACGACAUUGUGUCUGAAAUCAUUAGUCCUCCACCUCUGAUAAUUCAUGUGGGGAAGUUGGCAGUUACUUGCGGAGAACAGGUUUGUACUGGUACAGAAUCCAGGAACACUGGUUAGGUUAACUGCCCGCCGUUACAUGACUGAAAUACUGUUGAAAAACGGCGUUAAACCCAAAACAAACAAACAAAAAAAAGAAACAACACACGAAC